GGAGUCGACAUGACUUCACGAAUCUGGGACCACUUUACUCAAUCCGACGAUAAAACUGGAAAUUUAAGGCUGAGUGUAAGCAUUGCAAAGCGAACUCUCCUGCUCCAAAGAUGUAACUUCCAACCUACACAAACAUAUGAAGAGAAAACGCCGAUGUGUAUGAGAAUGCAUGCACAAAGCACAGCCCUGGGAGACCAGCAACUACAGCUAAUCAACCUGGAUGGGUUUGUCAAAAAUCCUAAGAAAUAUCCCCAUCACAAAAGCAACUCUUCAAUGUACUUGUCCUUUUUUGUAGCAAAGGACCUUGUUCCAUUUUCUGUGGUAGAGAGCUCUUACUUCCAUGAACUGAUGCUGUCUGUUGAUCCUCGGUACCAGAUAACGACUCGAAAGCACCUGGUGAACAAACUACUGCAGGAUAUGUACACUGAAGCCUUACACUUGUCAUUUGGUCUAGCAGGCACAUGGGAUCUUACUUAGGAAUUACUGCUCAUUCCAUGAUUGGUCCUUGAAAGCAUCCGUUCUGGCCUGCAAGCGCUUCCGUGGCCGAUACACAGCACAACUUUGACAUAUGUUCAAAAAUGAUAAACAUCAUAACAGACAAUAUGAAUAUGACAUCAGCAUUUUCACUUUUGACAAUGAUAUGGACUCCUGUUCUGAUUCUGAAAACUAAGUAGAAGUGAGCCUGGAUAUUGACAGUAUGGUCGAGAAAAAUUAUGUAUAUGAAGUUCUGCCAGCUGAGCACAAUUCAUACUUCGCCCACACUCUGCAACUUUCGGUAAAGGAUGGUUUAUGAGAAGCAGGGCUCAGUAAAGCCUCAAAUCUACCAUUGCCGCUGAUGUUUUGGAAGGUGAGAAAAAAAUUGAUUCUGUUUGUGCUACUCAAUGUAAUUCUCAAGUUAAAAGGAUUAGAUCAGUGUUGAGUAUUCCUAAACAAAAAUUAUGUAUCAUAGAUGGUGUACCAACACAGAGUGUGUAUGGUCGUAAUCUACUUACGGGCAUGCUAGAAAUAUUUGAGGCAUCUGAGGAGGCCAGAAAUUGUGCGCAAAAGCAAACCUCCGUUUCUGCAAGUCUGGUCAUACCUUGCACAGGAGCUUCAAAUUUCAUCUAACCAUAUGGAAUCCAUGUGACAGGGCUUAAGAAAUCUGUAGAUAAACAUCUGAUGCACUAUGAGGAGAGAAGAUUUUAUGUGCUGGUAAUAACUCUAGACCCUAGACCUAGGUUUAAGCUCGAGUGGUGCAGAGAUGAAGAAGAAAAGGAUCUCAGACUCAAGAAAAGCAGCACAACCCAAAGAACCUGAUCAAAAUCCUGGUGAAGAUCUACAAGAAAAAAGUUCAGAAUCUUUCCCUUUGAAGAUGAAGAGUUUCAUGUAUAUUCAUACACAGGAGUCAACAUACACAAGUGAAAAGGUGCAGUCAAUCAACACUCACAUGAAUUGUUAUCUGAGCCAGCCUUGCAAAGCAGACGACACUGAUGUGUUGUUCUUUUGGAAAGAACACAGCCAUACUCUGCCUGCCUUAUCUAAGAUAGGAAAUAUUUGGCUGUGCCUGCAUCUUCUGCUCCCGUUAAAAGGCUUUUCAGCAUUGCUGGAAAAGUGUUUAAGUCAGAUGUCUUACUGACAAAAGCUUCGAAAGUGUGAUGUUCAAGUAAAUUAUAUAUUUAUUUAUUUUUUAAUCUUAUUUAGGAGCAAAAAUGGAACUAAAAUGUAUAAAAUCUUAUUAUGAAUUGCAUAUGCCACACACACACAAAUCCAUCUAUAUUUUUUUGAGUAAUUCUGUAUAUACUUUUGUACUAAAAGUUUAAUUUUCUAAAAGGAAAAUUAAACAAAAAAGUUGCAAAAUGAGUCCCAUGAAGAACAAUUUUUUGUUCAAUAAAAUCUGCACAUAUCUGUUAUUUUUAGUUAUAAAACUAUAUUAUCAGUACUGAACAAGAGAGAGGUCUUAAUGCCCUGAUAUCAUUAUUUUCUGCAACAAAUUUUAUUAUUGAUAUGAUAAAUAUAUUGAUAGUCUUUACUGGAUAGGGAAUAUUAUUUAUUCAAGUUA